AUGGGGAGUCCUAAACCUGGGAUGCAGCUUGGCUAUGGAGGGAUGGCUGGAGGAAUGGGUGGAGGAGGAGGUCAGAGACUGGCCAACCAAGAGAGCCACAGGCCGAUGCAGCAAUCUAGCUCAGGCCCUGACCAUGGCUCUGGCCCAGGGAUGGGUGCUGGGAUAGGUGGCUGUCAGGGUCAGCAUGGCCAGAGCCCCGGUCAGCCCGGUCAGCACGCCUCCAGACGGAACCUCCAGGUGGACUUCAGCAGCUCGGGAGGCCGGACGGGCCGCUCCUCCUCAGCGUCUCCGGACCGGGGGAUCACCCCCACCUCGCCCUACUCGGUGCCUCAGAUCGCCCCCAUGCCCGUCAGCAAGCUGUGCCCCCUCUGCUCCACCACAGAGCUGACCCACCCGCCGGCCCUGCCAAACUACAACACCUGCACACAGUGCCGCUCCACCGUCUGCAACCAGUGUGGCUUCAACCCCAACCCCCAUCUCACAGAAGUCCAGGAGUGGCUCUGUCUCAACUGCCAGAUGCAGAGGGCCUUGGGCAUUGACAUGACCACCCCACGCUCCAAGAGCCAGCAGCAGAUCCACUCUCCAUCCCACCAAACCAAACCCAUAGUCCAGCCACCACCUGUUCAGCCAGCUCAGCCAGCAGCCCAGCCAAAACCCCAGCCUCAGCCCCAGGCCCAGCCCCCACCACAGUCAAAACCCCACUCCCAGCCCCAGCACCAACUCUACGGUCAAUCCCAGCCCUAUGGUCAAUCCCAGCCCCAGGCCCAGCCCUAUGGUCAAUCCCAGCCCUAUGGUCAAUCCCAAUCCCAGGCCCAGCUUUAUGGUCAGUCCCAAUCCCAGCCCCAGCCCUAUGGUCAAUCCCAAUCCCAGGCCCAGCCCUAUGGUCAAUCCCAAUCCCAGCCCCAGCCCCAUGGUCAAUCCCAAUCCCAGGCCCAGCCCUAUGGUCAAUCCCAAUCCCAGGCCCAGCCCUAUGGUCAAUCCCAAUCCCAGCCCCAGCCCUAUGGUCAAUCCCAGCCUCAGCAACAGCCCUACAACCAAACUCAGCCUCAGCCACAUGGUCAAUCCCAUCCACAGGCCCAGCCACAUGGUCAAUCCCAGACCUAUGGCCAUUCCCAGCCCCAGAAACAGCCCUAUGAUCAAUCCCAGCCCCAACAACAGCCCGACAGCCAAACUCAGCCUCAGCCAUAUGGUCAAUCUCAGCCCUAUGGUCAAUCCCAGCCCCAGCAACAGCUCUACGGCCAAAGCCAACCUCAGCCCCGGCCAUAUGGUCAAUCCCAGCCCUAUGGUCAAUCCCAGCCCCAGCACCAGCCUCAGGCCAAACCCCAAGCUCAGCAUCAGCCACAGACCUCUCCUGGCCUACAGAGACACCCUAUACCCGGCUCUGCCUCCCUGCCCGGGUCAACGACAAGCUCCCCCCAGCACAUCCCAUAUGGCCAGAGAGGGCCUGGAGGUCCCGGCCAGCCCCGGAUCCCCCAUCCUGGGGCAGUCCCCCUGGUGGGCAUGGCCAAGGCUCCCUCCCAGCCAGACCUGGGCCGAGGCUCCCCGCUGCACCAGGGCGGCCGUCAGGCUGCCAGCGCCGGCUCAUCGCCUUCCCAUCGGCCCGCUGCUCCCCAGGGGCAACCGCCCCAGGACGGCCUGACCAAACUGUUUGGCUUUGGGGCAUCGCUCCUCAACCAGGCAGCCAGCACCCUGGCCUCUGUGGACCCCCUCUCAGGGACACCAUCCACCCAGCCCUCCCCUGCCAGGGGUGGGCCUUCCAACAAACAACAAGGACCUCCUGGUGCCAAACCAUUCCAGACGGGUGGCCCCCAUGCACCACAGAUGGGUGGCCCUCAUGCACCCCCGAUGGGUGGCCCGCAAGCACCACAGAUGGGUGGCCCACAAGCACCCCAAAUGGGUGGCCCACAAGCACUUCAAAUGGGUGGCCCUCAUGUACCGCAAAUGGGUGGACCCCACACACCAACUCAGAUUGGUGGCCCGUAUGCACCACAAAUGGGUGGCCCACAUACAUCAACUCAGAAAGCACCCCAACAGCAGCAAUCACCUGUGCAUCAUCAGAAGGGACCACAGCAACAACAGCAACAGCAGCAGCAGCCGGCCAGACAGGAGCCUGUUCCCAAGCCGGUGGAGCCCGAGAAGCACAAAGUCAAAUGCCCCCUGUGUAAGACAGAGCUCAACAUUGGCAGCACCACUGAGCCGCCUAGCUACAACUCCUGUACCCAGUGCCACACUCAGGUCUGCAACCUAUGUGGAUUCAACCCGGCGCCUCACCUGGAGUGUGGCUCAGUGGAGCUCAGUGUAGCUCAGUGGGGCUCAGGGUGGCUUAGUGGAGCUCAGUGUGGCUCAGUGGAGCUGAGUGGGGCUCAGUGGAGCUCAUGUGGCUCAGUGGAGCUGAGUGUAGUUCAGUGGAGCUCAGUGGAACUGAGUGUGGCUCAGUGUGGCUCAGUGGAGCUGAGUGUAGUUCAGUGGAGCUCAGUGGAACUGAGUGUGGCUCAGUGUGGCUCAGUGUGGCUCAGUGGAGCUGAGUGUAGUUCAGUGGAGCUCAGUGGAACUGAGUGGGGCUCAAAGAAAGAAUGGCUCUGUCUGAACUGCCAGACCCAGCGACUGAUGUCUGGAGGGCUCCGGGAUCCCUCUCCUGUAUCUCAUCCGUCUCCAAAGCACCAACCAAUGGGUUCUCCACACCACCAGGCACUGGCCAGUCAGCAGCCUGUUCAGCAGCCACCCUUCCAAAAAUUGACCAAUCAGCAGCAGGAAGGGUCGAGACAGAUGCAGCCGCAGCAGCAGAAGCCCCAGACAGCCCUGGGGAGCGGACCUUUCGAACCAACUGCAGCAAAGCAACCUGGAGACACAAAGGCCCCUGUCCAGGCCACACCUACACCUGCAAUCGAGCCCCUGAAACAACCAAAGGCCACGGAAGAGACUACGCCAAAACCAGAGAAGUUGGUGGAACCCGCCAUAGACACCAAACCGACUCAGAAGAAGGGAGAGCCAAUCACACCAAUAAAAGAGAUAAAGAAGUCGAGAUAUGAUGAGACCAAGAACAGCACUCAGGACCUGUCGCGGAGCCCCCAGAGCCUGAGCGACACGGGCUACUCCUCCGACGGCAUCUCCAGCUCCCACAGCGAGAUCAUCGGCCUCAUCCAGGAGGAGGAGAUGAAGCUGAGUGAGAGGGGCAUCAGCGGGCGUGGCAGCCCCCCCAGCCCCUCCGAGAUCACCAAGCUGGAGAGCUCCAUGAGGCCCCUGCUGGAGUGCAAGACCCUGCCAGUUGAGGAGAGGGAGCGCGAAAGGGGCCGAGGCCGGCACCACCGAGAGCAGAGACCCCGGUCGCUGUCCAUCACUCCGGAGGCCUAUGACUCUGAUGAGGAGCUGGAGGACAUUGUGGAAGAGGAGGAGGAGGACGGAGGAGACUGGGAGUCCAAACAGGAGCACAAGAGCAGUGCCGCUCCCAAAGAGGAGAAGAAAGUGGCCGAGCCGGAGCCGAUGACAGAUGAGGAGUUCAUGAGGAGGCAGAUCAUGGAGAUGAGCGCUGACGAGGACAACGAGGAAGAGGAGGAGGACAUGGAGGAAGAGGACGAGGAGGACGAAGGCUACGGCUACCAAAAACCUAAAAAAACACACAAGCACAUCUCAGAGUUGACGAAAGAGAAGCGCCGCCUCUCUCACCAGUCCAGCAGCUUUGAGGAAGACACCAAAAGCUCCAGCGACAUCUACAAAUGUUCUGCGGAGGAAGGAGAGGAGGGGGGUAUGGGGGGCCUGCGCCGCUUCAAGACAAUCGAGCUCAACAACACCAACAGCUACAGCCGCGACAUGGAGCUCAACAACGAGAACGACCUCAGCCUGGACCGAGAGCCCGAGUUGGAGAUGGAGAGCCUGACGGGGUCUCCCGAGGAGCGCUCCAGGGGUGAGUACUCCUCCACCCUGCCACCCACCACCUCCAGCUACAACUCUGGCACCUCCCCCACCUCCAUCUCCUCCAUGGAGGAAGACAGCGACAGCAGUCCCAGUCGCAGGCAGAGACUGGAGGACGCCAAGCAGCAGAGGAAGGCCCGCCACCGCUCCCACGGCCCCCUGUUGCCCACCAUUGAGGACUCCUCGGAGGAGGACGAGCUAAGAGAGGAGGAGGAGCUGCUGCGGGAGCAGGAGAAGAUGAGGGAUCUGGAGCAACAGAGGAUCCGCAGCACGGCUAGGAAGACCAAAAGAGAUAAGGAGGAGCUGAGGGCCCAGAGACGCAGGGAGAGAUCCAAGACGCCCCCCAGCAACCUCUCCCCCAUCGAGGAUGCCUCCCCUACUGAGGAGCUGCGACAAGCUGCGGAGAUGGAGGAGCUCCACCGAUCCUCUGCCUCAGAAUACUCCCCCCAGAGCCUUGACUCAGAGGCUGAGGGAUACAAGUCUAAACUCUACAAGUCUGGCAGCGAGUAUAACUUGCCCACGUUCAUGUCUCUGUACUCUCCUACUGAGAAGUCGUCGACGACCUCAACCACCACCGCGCCCUCCAGCAGCAAGCCCCUGAAGAGUGCUGAGGAGGUGUAUGAGGAAAUGAUGAGGAAAGCCGAGUUGCUGCAGAAACAACAGAAACAGCAACAGCAGCAGCAACAAGGGAGACACAACAGUGCAUAUGAGGACGACACGAAUGGCCAACAGUAUGAAGAUGAGUAUGAGUAUGAGCAGGCUGAGACUAGUUAUGAAAACAAGGCGGCAGAGACAGGAGACAUCUACGAAGAGAUCCGCCAGACCUCCCAAAACAUCACUAAGAUGCAUCAAUCCUCAGCCCUGGAGUUACAGCAGCAGGCAGACGAGCAGGUGGAAAUAGACGACAGCACCUAUCCAGAUAAGCAGCUUUUAGAUACAGGGUCGGCCUUCGCUAAGCUGCUUGAGCAGACCAAUGACUUAUUGACUCCUGGCAACAGCCCCACUCAGCUCUCUGCACCUGUGGCUUUUUCUGAGACCGGAGGAAGGAUCCCUGAUGUACGGGUGACACAACACUACUCCAAAGAUGUCCAUAAAGCCGGGAUGAAGAGCCAGACGGGUAAAAAUGGCAUUACUCCAGUGGCGGCCGCCACCACAAUAGCAGCCUACGGGGUUUAUUCCCGGGAUGCAGUGACCAUCUCUCACACAAGCGCUAGUCAAACGAUGACGACCAGCCAAUCCAUCAUGUAUGGUCGACAAACUGGAGGACCUGCCACUUCAACCACAACCAUCUCAAAUGUGUGCAGCAAGAUAGCGGAGAUAACACAGGCUUACAGCCAAAGAGAGGUGGUUGCGAGAAGGGUGGGCGAGAGCCGAGGGGUCCAAGCUAGAGAGAGUGCGACAUCUUCAGAGCAUGUCAUAGAGCCCCGCUCGCCAAAGAUGUACUCGUACUACAAGAGCUCCAGCUCCCCUCUGUCUCCCUCUGCCUCGCCCACUGAGAGCCCAAGUCGCUCACCCUCCAGGAGUGCCGAGAUAUCCACUCAGACAUUCAGCCCAGGCAUAGGGGCUCUGUCGGCUGGCUCGGGGCCCACCUCCCCAGUGAUGGCCCAGGGGACACAGACAUCUCAAAGGGCCGUAUCCCCACGUCUCUUCAGACAGCAAUCCUCCCAGCAUGCCCCCUACAUGGUCCCUGCCAAACCAAUGACGGUCAACACCGCCACGUCACCUUUAUCCUCGCCCACCAGAUUCAUCCGACAGUCGACAUUUGACAGCUACUCUCCACAGGCCAGUCCACCAGACACCCCUCCAUACCACCAGUCUCCCCAGCACAGCUUCUAUAGGAUGCAGAAGGUGGAGAAGGUCAGUGUUGGAACCAGCAUGGUCACCACAGCUAGCACCUACAGCCGUGGUUCCAUGUCUAUGGACAACAUCUCUCUCUGCAGGAUCUCCAGCAUCCCGCGGACCUCGAGUGUCGAGCCGGGCCAGAUGAUCCAUGGUGGGAGUGUGGUGGAUCUGAGAACAGUAGAUCUGAGAACAGCCACUAACGCAGCUCCCAUUAUCAUGACUGCCCAUGGCAUGGAUCUUACCUCCCUGGCCAGAGAAACACGCAAAUACACCAGCGGGCCCGAGGGGAGCCACCCCUCCAGUAUCAUCCAGCCCCUCAUCAUGAACCUAAACACCCAGCAGCAGCCCCACGUAAUGGUAUCCACUGCAACCACGAUGAGCGUCACGGUGGCCACCUCCAUGUUCAUAUCACAGCCCCAACAGCCCAUGGUCUAUGGGGACCCUCUACAAAACAGAGUUGACCUCGGUCAGGGCAUGGGCUCAGCCAUGUGCCUCAUCCAGCAGCAGCAGCUUCUCCAGCAGCAGCAAAAGCUUCAACAGCAACAGCAGCUCUUGGAGCAACAGCUCCAGCAACACCACCAGAUGCAGCAGCAGUCCUCCGUAGCUCGGUUCAACCUACCAGGCCAGAUGACGCUGCUCAAGAAAGACCUUCUGGUCAGCCAAACCAGCAAUACCCCAGCCGUGGUCAGUACUAUAUCCCCUGCCGUUGCCCCUGAUAUCUACGGCACUGGAGGUCCCCUGGAGCUGAAGAGCAAACCAACCCCGGCAGGUGUGAUACACCUGGCUGGGGGUGGGCCUCAUGGCAUGAUGGUCCAAAUGGAUGGGGCCCCACAGGGAGGACCAGUGACCCAGCUGGUGAAGACAGAGGAGGGCAAGGAUGCCGUGGACCUCACAGGGGGACAGAUCAAAGCUGAGAACCAACCAGCUUGCUGUGAUGUUGUGUACCACCUCCCAUUUGGAGGUAGCUGCGUUGGCGGACCAUUCUCCCAAAAGCCAAAUGUUGAUGAGAAAGUGGCCACUCAAGAGCCAAGACCACACUCUGUGCCACCACUCUCUUAUGAGUCGGACCAGGAGGGCCAGUAUCAGGAGUUUUCUAUGGAUGGGCGUAAAGCCUACACAUUACCGUUCCCUGGCCGGCUACAGCCCUCGAUGUCUGACACCAACCUAGCAGAGGCCGGACUCCAGUCCUACCACUCCAAGAUGGACCCACACUUCCAGACCUCUGGAGAGCUGGCUGUGGACCUCAGCACCAUGAAACACACCUAUGAGGGAGGCUUCCUCGGACUGGGCAUGCAGUAUGGCUCCUACACUGACCUACGCCAUGGAGGGGACAUCACUGCAACUGCCCUGCCCAUACGCAGAUUCAACUCCCUGUCAAACAUCAGCUCUGACUAUGGCUACUCCCCCCGAGACCUCGCUAACUUCCAGGAGUCCAACCUGGCCCAGUACAGUGCCACCACUGCCAGAGAGAUCAGUCGAAUGUGCGCUGCCCUCAACUCAAUGGACCGCUAUGGGAGCAACCCAGAGCUUGUGCAAUAUGGUGUAGGCAGAGGAACAGGUCCAGGUGGCAGGCUUAACUCUAUGAGACAAAAUAUGCUCUAUGGACCUGACGGGAAGCCAAUCUCUCACACCCAAGCGCUCACCAACAUGAUCAAUGCCAGGCAAGCCAGCCUCCGAGCCAUGUACCCGUCUGCCAUGAGGUCUGCAGAUGGGAUGACCUAUUCUACCAUCAACACACCCAUCGCCUCCACCUUGCCAAUCACUACCCAGCCUGCCUCAGUGCUGCGCCCGCUAUUAAGUGGAGUGUACAGGCCUUUACCCACAGCCAAUAUGACACCUGUGCCUCUGGCCAGCCUCACCAGGAUGCCUGUGAACCCACGGAUGCCUAUGUCUGGAAAGGCCCCAUACCGUUAUCCGGCUCCCAACGUCUUCCCAUCUACGACGUCGGCCCCUGUGAGCAUGCCUGCCUCCGUCACCACCACUCAGGAUGCCCCAAUCUACCUAGGGAAGCCCUCUGUGACAUCAAGUGGAUCUGAUCCCCUAUAUCAAUCUCCUGUUGCCCAUACAUCAGCCUCAGUGAGCUUGCCAACGGAGUCCGAGCAGCAGCCCAUAAACCUGACCCAGGCUCACCUCCACACUCAGGCCCCAGGGCAGCCCCAGGUCCAGCCUCAGAACCAGCCCCCAGCUCAGCCCCAGCACAUGCAACCUCAAUUCCACCCUCAGGGCCAGCAUCCACCCCAGAGCCAGCCACCUCCAGCCCAUGCUUACCCCCCAACACAAAGCUACACUGGGCCCCAGAGCAGCACCCAGCCCCAUCACCCAACCCCACCCUCCAGCGGCCCUGUCAACCCGGAGACCGAGACUGAGGAAGAGAGGCUGCACCGCCAGCAGGAGCAGCUUCUGCAAAUGGAGCGGGAACGCGUGGAGUUGGAGAAGCUGCGUCAGCUGCGUCUGCAGGAGGAGCUGGAGAGAGAGCGCAUGGAGCUGCAGCGGCACCGUGAGAAAGAGCAGAUGCUGGUGCACAGGGAGAUCCAGGAGCUGCAGACCAUCAAGGAGCAGGUCCUGCAGCAGCAGCAAGCUGAGAGGGAGAACCAGCUGGUGAUGCAGAAGGAGCAGUUGGCCCAGCAGAAAGCCCAGCUUGACCAGAUCCAGUCGCUGCAGCAGCAGCUCCAGCAGCAGCUCGAGGAGCAGAAGCGACAAAAGACUGCUGCAGCUGCUGCUGCUGCAGCCACCGCAGCCGCUCAGUUGGACCAGAGCGGCCAGAUGCUGCAGCCCUACAGAAACCAAAUGGGCUUCAGGUCCCUGCCCAACUCCUCCUCAGACAUGUGUCUAAGGAACAACGAGGAGCAGAUGGAGACCAGGACCAACAUGAGAAAGCAGAACUCCACCUCCAUGCCCCGACUGAGGGAUGGAAUGGAGGGCGAGAGCGUUGAGUUCUACGGAGCCCGGAGGAUCGUGGACAGUUGCGUUCAAACAGACGAAGAGGACGGUGAGGAGAGGUACAUCAUGUCUAGGCGCAGACGCAACAGGCGCAGCGUGGACCGCAGCGUCCAGACCGACGACGAUGAGGAGAAAGUGGAGUGGGAGCAGCCUGUGAGACGCAGACGCUCACGCUUCUCCAGGCACUCGGAUCCCGGGGCCGACCACAAGACUGACACAGCCUCCAAGACGGCCACCUCAUCCAGCAUCGCCAUUCAGACCAUUCGAGACUGCUCCUGCCAGACCGAAACAGACCAGCUGGGGAAGGUGUCCCCGGCCAUCCACGUCACUGUCCCAGACCCGAACAAAGUGGAGAUCGUCCACUACAUCUCAGGCCCUGAAAGGACCCAGAAGGGUCAAAGCCUAGCCUGCCAAACAGAUGUGGAGGCCCAGUCUCAGGGCGUGGUGGUGCCACAGCUCAGCGUGCCCACCACCAUCAGCCCCUACUCCACAGGUAUCCAGCUGGUUGGCUCCGCCGACCCGCGGCAGCAGCAGAACAGGAGGAGGUCUGACCCCAUGGAGAUCAGCUACCAGACCCAGACCCAGACCCAGCCCAUGAACCACCUCCACAACGAGUCCCUCUCCAGCCUGAUCCGUCAGCCCCCCAAGUCCCCCCAGGUGCUCUACUCCCCUGUGUCCCCCGUCUCCCCCCACCGCUUGCUGGAGACCUCCCUUUCCAGCGGCGGGCUGAACAAGGCCCAUGUCACUCCCCAGCAGAAGGCCUACACAGCCGAGUCACCCCAGCGCCACCCCAGCAUGCCCCGCCCUAUUAAGAACACACAGAGGUCCAUGUCUGACCCCAAGUUGCUGAGCCCCACCACUGACGAGCACACUAAGGCCAGGCUAAACCUGUACCAGCAGCAAGCUCUUCAGAGCCAGCUUGCUGCCCUGCAGCAGAGCGCUCUGAGGAAGGUGAAGAGGACCCUGCCCAGCCCCCCUCCAGAGGAGAGCCACCUCCCCAUCAUCACCCCGGCCGUCCCUCAAAUGUACAUGCCCGCUGUGCACUCCCUGAGGGCCGGGUCCAGGCCAGGUCUGGCAGCCAAAGCCAGCCUCCUGAAGGACCUCACCCACGAGCUGAAGGCCGUGGAGCAGGAGUCCACCAAGCUCCGCAAGCAGCAGCAGGAGCUGGAGGAGGAGGAGAAGGAGAUUGAUGCGAAGCUGCGCUACCUGGAGCUGGGCAUUCAUCAGCGCAAGGAAACCCUGGUGAAGGAGAGGGAGAGGAGGGAUCUGGCCUACCUGCGCUGCAUGGGCGACCCGCGAGACUACAUGUCAGACAGCGAGCUGAAUAACCUGCGGCUGGCGGCGGCGGUAGCUUCCUACGAGAGCAACGGGGUGCUGACCAGACCGAGCACAGCACCACUGAGCCAGUACACCAGCGACCUCAACACAGCCGCCCAGUUCCCUCCCAUCUCCUCCUUCGUCUCCUACCAGUCAUACCACCCCCAGAGCCAGCCAGCUCCAGCACCCCAGCCUGGCACCCCUUAUCAGACCGCAGCCUUCAACCAGCCCCCCUACCCUUCAGUGUCCCAGGCAGCAGCUCUUCCCCAGCCCACCCCCCUGCAGACCCAACAUCUUCCCCCAUCCUACCAGACCCAGGGGUCCUUCCCCUCCCACACAUACCCCCAGAGCCAGCCCCCCUACCCGACAGAGCAGGGGGUGCAGCCACUGCUCCAGCAACAGCAACAGCCAAGCCACCAGGGGUUCCAGCCUGCCCAGCCUGGCCAACCUCCCUACCCCACCCACACCUCUCCAUACCCCAGCCAGGUGUCCUACCCAGCUGGCCCAAGCCAGACCACUCCCUACCAGCCCCAGGCAGACAUCCUCACUGUUCAUCAGAGACCCAGACAGACCUCUCUGACUGACCUGGAGCACAAGAUGCCCACUAACUAUGAGGUCAUAAGCAACCCCACUGUAGUGGUGACCACCACAGCCCAAGAUGCCAUCUACUCCUCCUCCAGUGGGGCUCCCCCAUACGGACAGUAUACUGGUGGUACCACUAUGGUCAACACUUAUGGGCCAUACUCUUCUACAGUCUCUAGUACAUAUGGCCAGUACACCACGACAGUUGCCAACACAUACGGGCAGCAGUACACUUCCACCCUGGCCAGUACGUACGGCCAGUAUACCACUACCACAGCUAACACCUACGGCUACACCACCACUACAGCCAACUCCUACGGCCAGUACACCACCACCACCAACAGCUACGGCCACGGCACUCCAUCUGACCGUCUGCACUCGGUUGACAGCCCGUCCACCUACGCACAGGACGGUCUCUACGGCCCAGCCAGCCUGGAGCAGAACAUCCCAAGGAACUACGUCAUGUGCGACGACAUCAGUGAGCUGACAAAGGACAGCCUGGGCGGCAUGGCGGCGGACAUGCAUCGAAGCGACGGUCAUGGUGGACGCUACAUGGGGGAGAGCGGCCCGGCGAGAGGAGGGAGUUCCUACGGCAGGCCGGAGGACGAGCUGACCAGGGAGGAAGACCUGUACGACCACCAUGGCAGGGGUAAGAGCAGCUACCACCCACGAGGGUCAGACACAUAUGGCCGAGUAGUGGGCAGCAGCAGCACUAGCAUGGGUGGGGGAUCCUCCUAUUACUAUGAUGACUACACCAAACACGGCGCACUACGCACCGGGGUCCAGAAGCAAGCUUCCAAGAGCCUGGCUCCGGCUGUCAUGUCCUCCAAGCGCAGCAAGCACCGCAAGCAAGGCAUGGAGCAGAAGAUCUCCAAGUUCUCCCCCAUCGAGGAAGCACGUGACGUGGAGGCUGACCUGGCCUCCUACACCAUGAGCACGUCUGGCGGUGGCAGCUGCACCGUAGUGUCCCGGGCCAGGAAGCUGCAGGACGACAUGGCCUACGGCCUGAGGAAGAGUGCCUAUGAGCAGAAGAGAUACUCCUAUCCCGAGGAGGACGAGCGCAUGUACUACACCUCGGGCCGUUCACGCUCCACAGGCUAUGGCAUGGACAAGAUCUCGUCCCGGGACUAUGCCGGCUACCGCAGCCGCUCCUAUGAGAGAGAUGGGGACAGGGAUCGCUCGUCGUACAGGGUGGGAUACAGCCGGGGCAGACCCCCCAUGCGCUCCCAGUAUUCGGAGGAGGAGAGCCUGCUGAGCUCCAUGGGUGUUCAUGUGCGGGCCUCCUCCCUGGGCCCAGAGCUGUACGACAGCCGUAGUAAUCAGUAUUAUGGCCAGUACGGCUCCAGCCACUCCCUGCCUGAUGUGCAGGACCACAUGAGAGACUUGCCCCGGACUCACGUCUACAAACCAGACGAUUCUUACAUUAUAGACGAUAUGCAUUGCGCUGUUUCGGACAGCGAAGCCUACAAUCUUGGCCAAGAGGAGACAGACUGGUUUGAGAAGCCCAGGGACCUGCGCUCCGGCUCCCGUCACUACGGCAGUGGAGGCCACUCCUCGUCCGGCCGCAGCCGCCACGUCAAGCACACCUACCACGACUACGAGGAGCCCACAGAGGAGGACCUGUGGCCCCAGGACGAGUAUGGCCAAGCCCGUCACUCCUCCUCCUCGCGGGACCACCACCCCCACGGCAGCGGCAGCUCCGGGAGACACUCCUCUACGUCCCGCCACUCGGACGAGCCCCGCUCCUCUCGCUCCUCCAAGGGCCAUCCCAAAGACCCGUCCAUGCGCCACGACUCCCGCCAGUUGUCCUCGUCGGGAAAGAGGGGCGACUCCCGCUCCCAGGGGGGGUAUCACUCGUCGGACUACUCCAGGGACCCGUCGGGCCACCACCACAGCCAGGGCCGCUCCACCAAGUCCUCGUCCUCUCACGAUGGGCGGACUUCCUCCAGGAAGCAGCAGGACCUCCAGGGCCACACUUCCUCUACCUCCAGGGGCCAGGGCAGCUCUGGACGUGGGCAGGGCUCCACCAGUGGGCCUCCAGGCUCCAGGGGACAGGGUCCUACCUCCCAGCAGGACGGGCUGCAGCCAGGCCAACGCACCCAGCUGCAGCAGCAGCCCCAGACCUCGGCGGCACGGCAGACAGGCACCAUCCCAGCAGGCACCACUCCUGGGGGCCAGCAGCCUCUGGGCCCGGGCCAAGCCCAGCAGGGUCUACAGGCGAAGCCUGGUCAGCUUGGUCCUGGUCAGGCCAGUCGCCAGUUGCCACCAACUGUGGCACCUGUCGCAAACACACCCCCUGUGACUGCCAUAGGGGCCAAAGCUGUCAUAGGAGGGGUGGCCCAGCCUGCAAAAACACCUCAACCCCCACUCACAGGAAUAGGCUCCAAGGCCGCCCCUAGACCCGGUGGCAUUGGGAGCGCGGCAGCGGGUCAACCUGGGAUGGAGGGGGAGAGUCUCCUCUCCAAGGUCCUACCAGGAAACCCUGCGGAGGCAGCAGGAAAACUAGGAGAAGCUAUCUCCGGUUUCGGCAAGAAGUUCACCUCGUUGUGGUGA